UCGUUAUUUCUUUUGUCCGUUCCUUACUUCCGGCGGCAUGGCCGAACAAAAACACUUGGAUGCUCUCGCCAAGUUUUUACGACGUCCCCAGAAAAUCUUGGUUCAAGAAAACAAUGUUCUUGUUCUGAAGGAGAAUGGUCUGAAUGUGCAAGGCUUUCUCUCUAUAGCCAAACAUUUGACGAGGACAUCAAACCAGCAGGUUUUGUUGGGUAAAACUCCAGCAGAGCAGGCAUUUGUUGACCAGUGGCUUGAAUACAUGAUUCUCAACCUUGAUGCCAAAACUGAUAAAUAUUCUAGUUUACAGGAUUUGAACUCCUAUCUCAGUGACCGAGUUUAUAUGAUUGGAAACUGUAUCACUCUCGCCGACCUGCUGCUGUUCUUUGCUCUGCAUCAAACAAUGAGUGAAUUAACAUUCCAAGAGAAAGAGAAGUUUCUUCAUUUGUCUCGAUGGUAUGAUAAUCUUCAAUACCAGUACAAUUUCAGAGAGUCCUAUAGUCUGUUACACUUCCAGAAGAACUGUCUCUAUGGCUCAAGUUGACUACAUUCACCGUGACCUUCAACCAUUUGGUUAAAAAUUCCUGUCUUCAUGAAAACUUUGUAAAUGUUUCAACCAAUAAAUUAUUAAAUAUUUA